ACAUUGCAAGAAAGAGCUCUCGAUGGGUACCAGCACUGCUCCCAAUCGCGUCCCACUCACGACUACUGCAAAGCAAAACUUACUUAAUCGCUCUCGCCGCCCUCCACUCUAUGAUUCGCCGGAGGAAAUGGCUCUGCCGAUAAAGAAAAGGAAAUUGUGCUUGACUGAAAAUGCAGUAUGUAAUGAGAAAGAGUUGGAGAAUUCGUUCUGCAAAUUUGGGGACGAUCAGAAGAAGGUUCUUGAAGUUGCAGGAGGAAGAUCGCAGGAUGUGAGUGCGGCCUUUAAUAAUGCAAGUGAUGUGACUUUACAUGAAAAGAAAGACGUGAAAAUUGAAGAA